GUUGCUUGUCAACCGCCAUAAAAAUAAAAAAGAAGUGUGUUUCACAUGUGUACAGCCUGCUUCGAACACACGUUCAAUUGUUUUUUAAAAAAUUGAUUGAAAAAUUAACCAAGUAUGGCUUCCAGCUGCCGGAGACCAGAGCACACAGCUCCGCCAGAUGUGUUCUACAAUGAAGCGGAAGCAAAGAAAUACUCACAGAACUCCCGGAUGAUUGAGAUCCAGACUCAGAUGUCAGAGAGAGCUGUGGAGCUUUUAAACCUGCCAGAGGACCAGGCCUGCUUCCUCCUAGAUGUUGGGUGUGGAUCUGGUCUCAGUGGAGAUUACCUCACAGAGGAGGGACAUCACUGGGUCGGAGUCGACAUCAGCACCGCCAUGCUUGAUGUUGCUCUGGACAGAGAGGUGGAGGGAGACCUCCUGCUGGGGGACAUGGGGCAGGGGAUGCCUUUCAGACCGGGCACCUUCGAUGGCUGCAUCAGCAUCUCUGCACUGCAGUGGCUCUGUAAUGCCGACAAACGCUCACACAGUCCACCAAAGAGGCUCUACACAUUCUUCAGCACCCUCUACUCAUCUUUGGCCAGGGGCUCUCGUGCAGUUUUUCAGCUUUAUCCGGAGAACUCGGAGCAGCUGGAGCUCAUCACCUCCCAGGCUAUGAAGGCAGGUUUCACUGGAGGCAUGGUGGUGGAUUAUCCCAACAGCAGCAAGGCUAAAAAGUUUUUCUUGUGUCUGUUCGCCGGGGGGACAGCAACUCUCCCCAAAGGUUUGGGGUCAGAAACUUCAGACAGGACUGUUAUGAACCAGGUUCAAUAUUCAGGACAAAGAUGUCGGUUUAAUAACAUGAAAGGAAAAUCUGCAAAGAAGGGGCGAGAAUGGAUAAUGGAGAAAAAGGAGAGAAGAAGACGGCAAGGAAAGGAGGUUCGACCUGACACGAAAUAUACUGGACGUCAGCGGAGACCUCACUUCUAGCUGUGACUCAUGCAGCUGCACCUUCAUUAGUGCCAGUCUCCCUCACCCACACACACACACACACCCCACACACACAGUCACCCCUGGAGCUGUUGCCUGAUUGGACUUUUCAGGUUGUUAAUUCAAGUGGACGAGACGCAAGCGAGAAAUUACAGCAAAUCGCUUUUCACAUUUGGUGAAGUGCUUGGAUGUUUGUUUGUCACAAGCUGUGAGGAGCUGCAGUUUUCAGUUUGAGUUGAAAUGCCCUCACUGCUACAAAAAGAAAAAAAAACUGCAGAAGAAAUGUUAUAUUAUUAAAGCAAAUUUUUAAGGAG